AUGGCGCCGGACUUGGAGAGAAGGAGCCUGCUUAGGCCUUGGGGACCAGAGCCGCCCCAAGCCGUGGGACGGCGAGGCAAGAGCCAGCUGGAGGAGCGGCGUCUUGGAGCUCAAGAGCGGAAGGGCGAGGCAAGAGCGAGCUUGGAGGAGCGGCGUCUUCGAGCUCAGGAGUGGAACAGCAAGUGGGGAUGGCGCCGGACUUGGAGAGAAGGAGCCUGCUUAGGCCUUGGGGACCAGAGCCGCCCCGUAAGUCGGGGCCAGUGCUCUGGGGUCCCGGGCACUUUGCAGUCCAGGCAGCGGCUUGAGCUCCCUGUAAGCAGGGGUGCAGCCUCUUGGCCGCUGCUCUGCGUGCCCAGCUUGGUUUGCCCAGAGGGCCCGGCUCCCAGCACGGCGUGGGACUGUGCCGGACGUCGCGAUGAAGCCGUGGGACGGCGAGGCAAGAGCCAGCUGGAGGAGCGGCGUCUUGGAGCUCAAGAGCGGAAGGGCGAGGCAAGAGCGAGCUUGGAGGAGCGGCGUCUUCGAGCUCAGGAGUGGAACAGCAAGAAGCCGUGGGACGACGAGGCAAGAGCGGCAGCGUCUUGGAGCUCAAGCGUGGAACGGCGAGGCAAGAGCGAGCUUGGAGCUGAAGAGGGGCCCUCUGGGCAAAGGGCUUUUCCAGGCCAGGGCACCUUCAGGGUGCCGCGGCUGGCUUUGCGCUGGGCGACCUCCCUGUGUGCAGGGCUGGGUCUUUGCUGUGGUUGGCCUUUUGCCCUUGUGCUCCUUUGGCUGCGCGGAGAGAGGGGCAACCCUGUAAGGAGGGUGAGAGCCCCUGUCUCCGCAGCUGAAACAGAGGAGAAACAGAGCUCUCCCGGCCCCCAGCCCAGCUACCCUGUAAGCAGGGCAGGGCUUUUCCCCAGCCCCGGCAGCUUUCUGCCUGCUGCCGGCCCCUGGCCGGCGUGACCCCCUGUACUCGGGGCGCGUCACAGCCCGUGUCCCUGUGCCAGCCCUGAAGCGCCUCAGGGCCUCGCGGCCCCUGUGGCCUCCUUGGAGUGCAGGGGCAGGUCUGAUGCUUUCCUCUCCCGCUCAGCAUUAGCAAUGGCUCCCUAGAGCAGGUUGGCUGCACGGAACUUGCUCCCACUUGUGGGACUGUCUCCCCGUCCCCUGUCUUGCCCUUAGUUGGUGUGAGUGAGGAAGUGUGCUUGUGCUUUAGCCCCCCGCUUUAGAAAUAGAGCAGCGUAGCUUAGACUUUCCCAGGUGGGAGAGAGGAGCUCUGUGCAGCCACAGGCGGGUGGCCAAAAUGCACGGGUGGAGAAAGUGUCCGGCCUUGGCCCUGCUUUCUGAGGAGGGCGCGAAGCCGCUUAGCGGCAGCGGGGGCACCGUGACCCGCCUGUAGCCAGGGCCUGGGUCGUGCCGGUGAGCUGCCGGCGCGCCGGCCCUGUACUCGGGGCAGGUGUCGGGACCUUGCAGCGCCCUUUUGUCCCCAGGAGCAGCCCCACCCGGGUCCCUGUAAGCAGGGCUGGGGAGGCUCCUUUAGCCAGGUGACAGGAAGCAGCGCUCCCGGGCCCUUGCCAGGGGUCAGGUUGAAGAAGUGCUGUGCCGCAGGGCGCGCUCCCGCCUUUGGCGCUGCUUUGGGCCGGUGCCACCUCCCUGGCGGCCUUGUUGAGGAGGCUCCCGGGGCUCCUGCAGGCGGCUGUGCUGCCGUGCUGCGCUGCGGCCGGGCUCCGGCCUGCCCCUAAGUGGGGCGCAGGCCGGAGCCUGUGCUCCGCGGUGCUUGUUGGGGGGUGCCGGGCUGCGGGGGGCGGCCCCGUAAGCGGGGUUGUGUGCGUCCCCUGGCCUCGGCGGGCGGUUGGAGGGACCCCCUGUAAUCA